UGCUUUUGUCUCUCUGUCCUGGUGAGUGAAAUCUUCUUCUGUCUUGCAGAGCUAGCUGAGGAUCUGGCAGAAAGAGCGGGCAGAGGAUGCUCUGGAGGGCUAAAAGUUUUUCAAAGUUAACAGAAGGUUCAAGCAGUUUUUUUCUUAUUUUGACAAUGUUGACAAUGUUGCUCAGGCUUCUCUCAAGUGCAAGUAAAUUUCGUGCUCUCGACUGGAAAUACUGGCGAUAAGAAAAGUCGUGUCACUCGUCUUGCGCUGCGUUUGAGGGGCAUAACAAUGAAUAACCAAUCGAUGACAGGGAGGACCAUGGUCCCGACCAUUCCGUCUAUUAUGUUCAUUUUCGGGGUGGUUGGGAAUCUCAUCGCCAUCGUGGUUCUUUGUAAAUCUCGCAAAGAGCAGAAAGAAACCACGUUUUACACGCUGGUGUGCGGACUGGCAGUCACGGAUCUCCUGGGCACAAUGCUGGCCAGUCCUGUCACCAUCGCCAUUUAUGUGAAAGGAUCUUGGCCCGGAGAGGACCCGCUCUGCCAGUACUUUGGUUUCACCAUGCUUUUCUUCUCUCUGGCGGGGCUCAGCAUAAUCUGUGCCAUGUCAGUGGAGAGAUACAUCGCUAUAAACCAUGCCUACUUCUACAAUGACUACGUGGACCAAAAACUGGCGGGUCUGACUCUCCUGGCGAUCUACAUCUCAAACGCAUUUUUCUGCGCCCUGCCCAUUAUGGGAUUUGGGCAGGUGAAGAAACAAUACCCGCAGACCUGGUGUUUUUUAGAGUGGAGGAGCAACAAGACCAGCGAUGCAGCCUACUCCUACAUGUACGCGGGUUUCAGUUCUCUUCUUAUUCUCGCCACUGUUAUUUGUAAUGUACUGGUUUGUGUGGCUUUGAUCCGGAUGCACCGGCGCUACGUGCGCAGGAUGUCGCUGGGAACUGAUCUGGGGCGCAACGUGGACCCGCGGAGACGAGGACGCAGCUUUGGACGUCUUGCCGGUGCAGAGAUUCAGAUGGUUAUUCUGCUCAUAGGCACGUCGGCAGUGGUGCUCAUCUGCUCCAUCCCACUUGUUGCUCAGGUGUUUUUGAACCAGCUUUAUAAGACUCCAGUUGAGCUGCAGUUGGACAAAAACCCGGAUCUAAGAGCCAUACGUUUUGCCUCCUUCAACCCUAUUCUAGACCCCUGGAUCUACAUCCUACUGCGCAAAGCUGUUCUCCUCAAGCUCAUUGAGAAAAUCAAGUGCCUCUUUUGUAAAAUGGGAGCAAGGAGGCAACAGAGACAGGGAAACUUCCAUUGCAUAGAUGCUCAUCAGCUCUCCUCAGUCAUCUCCAACCAGGACUCUCUGCGAGAUGUCACUAGCAGCUCACAGACCUUCCUCUAUCUGCCAGAGGGAAGUGAGGUGUACACUGGAAGCUGUCAUAAAGCAGAUAGACUCUCUGGUUCACGACCUUCAUCAGUCAGAAACUCGCAAGUUUCUUAUUCGUUGGAGCAGGCCUGCGUUGAAGCUCAGACCCGAGAAGGGACAAAUGGAAUCAGGGACCUUUCAGCUUUGCCCUGCCCAAAAGAUCCAGCACUUCAGGUGUCGUUGUGCACUGAGACAGUGGAGGAGAAAUGCAUCUGAACUGACUCUGAAUCAGGGGAAAGUUCUCAGAUCGCUCUGAGUUAGAUUGUCUGCUGAAUUACUUCUCCUCAAGUGACCUUUUAAACCCCUGAAAAAUGGGUGGAGGCACAUAAAAAAUAAUAAAUGACUCUACAUGUGAAGUCCGGAGCAUGCAGCCAGAAAAAAACAGAGAAACUUGAAGUGCUGUGAGCUUUAUUGUCUUGUGUUCUUUGUUUCAGCAGCCAGCUACCUCAGUGAUGACUAUCUCUGACUGUGCGAGCAAAUUUUGUCUUUUUGCCCUUAACAGAAGUUAUUAAAACAGAGAUGACCCACUUUUUCAUGAGUCAAGUCAGUCAGUGAUGGAAAAGCUGUCCUUCCUAAUUUCAGCUACUCUGUUCAAUCAUUGUGCAAACCUUUACUGUAAAAUAGAUGAGGCCAGUAAUUUAGAAUAAUUGAGUCACAAGCUUGUGGUCAGUAUGGUAAGUGAAAACAGUAUUGAAUGUGAUCCUUAUGAGUAAUCACUGGCACAUGUACUGCCACUGUGAGGAUCAAUUUGUUUAACAAACUCUAUUGUACAGUGCUUUUUGAAGGACGUAUUGUGUUAGUUCUAUGACUAAUGUACAGUGCAGUAUUAUUAUGUGGUGAACAGCAUUUUUGUUCCUCAUCGCUGGAAUACACACAAAUAUGUAAAAUUAUAAAAACUUUCUUUUCCAUCUUACAGUGAGGGUACAAAGAUUUGUGUGUCGCAGUUAAUAACACCAAACUAUUUAAAUCUUACUGGGAAUGCUGAACAGUUUUUCCACAACUACAGAAAAUGUGGUGUAAAUCAUUGGACGGAUGUUGCUUGCUGUGCAGUGUCAAGAUGAGGAUAUUUCAUCACAGCUGUCAGCUUGAGAAAAAUGGUGUUCAAAAGUGAUCAAUGUUGUGUAAAUAUUGUUUGUAAUAAAAUUAUUUUUCUCUAGGAGAAGGUUCUAGUUAAUAAAUUACCACUCUAAAGGGGUUUUCCACAAGAGGGAUUUCUGCAGUUAUUAAAUUGUGUGAGUCAUGUAGUUUGAUCAGUGCUCAUGUUCAUGAAUUGCUAUCUUUCAGCAUCUACACUCAGAAGACACAGAACUCAGAACACAUAUAAUUAGUGAGCUUAUUUACAACAUGUUAUGGAUCAAUUAGGACUGCACGCAACAUUAAUUUUCAUUAGCGUUUAUUCUACUCACUUAAUUGAUUUACUGUUUAGUCAAAAUGUUAGGAAAUGGAUGUCUUCAAGUCGUUUGUUUUGUCUGACCAGCAGUCCAAAAGCCAAAGAUAUUGAAUUUAUGACAGAAAACAGGGAAAAUAAUAAGUCACAUAUUUUAAGCUUGCGCCAGCAAAUGUUUGGCAUUUUGCUUGAAAACUGACUAAAACUGACAAAAUACCUGCCGAGCCUCUAGAAUCAAUUAGACAAAAAUCAGAGGUUUCUUAAUCUCACAUCACUAAAUUUAAACAUUCAAGUUUGUAAAAGAGCUAUUGAUUUGACA